AUGUUUCUUUCUUCUGCAGAAUACAAACCACGUUUUGUUCACACUCGCCAAACCCGAUCCUUGUCCGUGGAAUUUGAAGGUGAAAUAUAUGACAUAAACCUGGAAGAGGAAGAACUGCAGGUGUUAAAGACCAAAAGUAUCACCAAACGUCACAAUGCCGAAAAUGACAAAAAAGCAGAGGAAACUGAUGGUGCUCCUGGUGACACGAUGGUUGCUGAUGGCACUGAUGCUAUAGCUUUUUUUGGGAAAUACCUCAAUGAAUACAAUGGCAGCUACAUCCCUCCUGGGUGGAGAGAGUGGGUUGGAUUAGUGAAGAACUCUCGCUUCUAUAAUUACACCAUUUCUCGCAAUGGUAACAAAGAGAAGCAUGGAUUUGAUUAUGCAAAGGACUACUUCACAGACCUAAUCACUAAUGAGAGCAUUAAUUACUUCAGAAUGUCCAAGAGGAUAUAUCCUCAUAGGCCCAUAAUGAUGGUCAUCAGCCACGCUGCACCUCAUGGCCCCGAGGAUUCAGCCCCGCAGUUCUCAGAGCUGUACCCCAACGCUUCGCAGCAUAUAACGCCCAGCUAUAACUACGCACCAAACAUGGAUAAGCACUGGAUCAUGCAGUACACGGGGCCCAUGCUGCCUAUCCACAUGGAGUUUACAAAUGUCUUGCAACGCAAGAGACUUCAGACCCUGAUGUCAGUUGAUGACUCUAUGGAAAGAUUAUACCAAAUGCUUGCAGAAAUGGGAGAGCUGGAGAAUACCUACAUUAUUUACACUGCUGACCAUGGUUACCAUAUUGGGCAGUUUGGACUGGUCAAGGGGAAGUCAAUGCCAUAUGACUUUGAUAUUCGAGUUCCUUUCUUUAUUCGUGGUCCAAGUGUAGAGCCAGGAUCAGUAGUGCCUCAGAUAGUUCUGAAUAUUGAUCUUGCACCAACAAUUCUGGAUAUUGCAGGACUUGACACACCUCCAGAUAUGGAUGGCAAAUCUGUCCUAAAGCUUCUAGACUUGGAGAGACCAGGAAAUAGGUUUCGAACAAACAAGAAGACCAAAAUCUGGCGUGACACAUUCCUGGUGGAAAGAGGCAAAUUUCUUCGCAAGAAAGAAGAAGCUAAUAAAAACACUCAGCAAUCUAAUCAACUGCCAAAAUAUGAGAGGGUAAAAGAAUUAUGCCAACAAGCAAGAUACCAGACAGCCUGUGAACAACCAGGACAGAAGUGGCAGUGCACAGAAGAUGCUUCUGGCAAGCUUCGAAUUCACAAGUGCAAGGUAUCCAGCGACAUCCUGGCCAUCAGGAAAAGGACUCGCAGCAUCCAUUCCCGGGGAUACAGCGGUAAAGAUAAGGACUGCAACUGUGGAGUCACUGAUUUCCGAAACAGCAGGACCCAAAGAAAAAAUCAAAGACAGUUUCUGAGAAACCCCAGUGCACAAAGGUCCUUACAAGUGAUGAACAAAACCAGACGGAUUAUGGAGAAUGGAGGGGCAUCCUUCAUCAAUGCCUUCGUAACCACCCCAAUGUGCUGCCCAUCGCGUUCCUCCAUGCUGACUGGAAAGUAUGUGCACAACCACAACAUAUACACCAACAAUGAAAACUGCUCUUCUCCCUCCUGGCAGGCCACUCACGAGCCCCGCACUUUCGCCGUGUAUCUGAAUAACACUGGGUAUCGAACAGGUCUCGUGCCUGACUCACCACCCCAUGAGCUCACUGAAUCAUUGGGAAGCUGCUUUUGCUGCUGGUUUGGUGAGCUGAUUCAGCUCAGCAAGCAGACAGACAGCUCAGCAUCCAAGCAGAAGCUGGUGGCUUGGGGUGAAGGGCGGAAACAUGGCCACCACUGGAGGGAUUUGAGACCAUACCUGGUGACUCUCACUCUGUGUACUGGGACACUGUAUCUGACUGUGGGAGAAUGCCUGAUAACAGACACAUGCCAGCAUGGUGAUGUGCAGAAGCUUGAUGUGCAUGCUUUUAAUGAAAGCAUUUUGGGGAAAAUUGCUGCAGAGUGA